AGUCCAUCGAAAGUGCGCUUGCAUGUAUGAAGCAGUGAAGGGUCGGCGCGCAUGCUAGCUAGGCCGUGGCAGGUUAUGAGCGACAGGUCCGUCGCACACAAAGCAUUAUAGGCUGCACAUCCAGACUCGAGUGAGGGGUUUGUACAGCAGACUACAAUCCAGCCGUCUGUUUGUUUCCUGACUGACCUAACAGUAACACGAAAAGUAAACACCAUUUUGUAUACGUAGUCAAACAUUUUGACCAACGAAUGCAUAGUAGAGGGCUUGGUCUAGAUAGCACUUACUAUCAACCUAUUAUAAUCCACUUUCUCUCUCUGUGGUCUGUUUAUUGCUCUAAGCGGCUAUCGAAAUAUUCCUGUUGAAAACUGAAAGAUUAUUACAGUACGGUAUAUCACAAAUAUGAGACUAAUGGACUGAUGUCACGUGAGCUAUGAUGAGCGAAAGCAACAUGACCGUCGUUCGAAUUAAGAAAUCUCUGAUCCUGGCGAUUGCCCUGGGUAUCUUGACUUUCAUCGGAAUAUUAGCAGGAUGGAGGAUUACGUUCCAGCGUAACUACGGUCACAGAAAAGCAGAGAUGUCACUAUCUGAAAAUGAUCCUGUCGAGGGUGAGGAGUCGGUCUCCCAGUCACUGUUCGCCAAAGCGGGUUGUGUGAAACAUGUGCACAUAUUUGGCAGCGACAGAGAAAUGCGCCACAUCCCGGAACUGCAUAGAUACAUGGACCUUUUUCAAAAGAGUAAUCAACCCCUGGACGCUGCAGAUGUCGAUUGUGUUUCUGAGGGAUAUGACUGCGACAUCGUCCUCACCAGAGGGGGUAAUGUGGACUACCUUGAGGGGAAAGAUGUCAUCGUCUUUGGACUGGUUCCCACCGAAUUCCGAGGCGAAGGAAGAGAACAACUCAAGAGGCUGAUGGAGUGGGAGCCCAGUCCAGGUCAGACGUGGAUAUACUUCAGCACUGAAACGCCAUUGCGUGUCCUGAAGUGGACCCGAGAUUUCGAUGUCAUGCGUCUUAAGUAUCAUCUCUUAAUGACCUAUGAUUUAGAUUCGGACAUCGUGGUUCCUUUUGGUUACUACCGGUCGUUUGAUGAGUCACCAGAUGCUCUCAAUGUGAGCUCCAAACAAGCUUUGGAGACACGUCGGCUCCCGGAUCCACUCCUGGGCAAGGAAGGAAUGGUAUCGUGGAUGUCAAGCAACUGCCAUGGAUUCUGGCCACGUGUUGAAUUCAUCAAGCGCAUGCGAGACGUUCUCCCGCUAGAGGACUACGGACUCUGCGGUCGGAAAGAGUGUCUCCCAAGACGAUCUGACGAAUGCAACAAACUCAUGGCGCGUUAUAAGUUUUAUUUCGCUAUUCCCAAUUCAGAGUGCAAAGACUACAUCACCGAAAAGUUUUGGCUGCAGUCGCUGUCUUAUGGCACGGUGCCAAUUGUGCUUGGUUCCAAGAAAGAAUCGUACGAGGCAGUGGCACCUCCUAACUCCUACAUUCACUUCAGUGACUUCGACUCAGUUGGCAACUUUGUAGCGUUCCUGAAGCGUCUCGACAAAGACGAUGAAGCGUAUCGUAAAUUUUAUGACUGGCGUACUAAAGGAGAAGUGGUCCUCACCUUCCCAACGCGACCUACAAUCUUUUGUAAGGCACUACCCCAUCUCCAGGAUAAACGUGAUGUGAAAGCUUAUAAAUAUCUUAACGAUUCCCCGUGGUUUAAAGGUUGCAGGGUAACACCAAACAAUAAAGUAUUCGAUAUGAGCAGAGAAGAAACUAGAAACUUUUUCAAAUUUGAAAACUGGUCAAUAUGGCGAUGACCCCUAUAGCACGGACUCUCUUGAAAAUAGAGACGAAAUAUUUUCAAGUGGCCUUGUACGUCGGCUCUUCUUUUAAUGCGACAUUUUAUCUGAUAGGAUCGAUAUGGCGUAAAAAAAGUCAACUCUGUUUCGAGUCAAAGCGGCUCCUUUUCCAGAGUAAUUUUUCAGCUGAUGCCAUACCAUUCCGAGUAAAACUCAUUCGAAAUCAGAGUUACUUUCACCCAAAAUAUGGAUAUAUCCCAGCUGGCAAUUUUCUUAGUCAAAUUUGACUUCGCGGAAAUAAGAAAAUGGUAUACUUUACUUAUAGUUAAUAUAAUGAUGCAACUGAGAUCCAUAUUUUGACCUAAGAUAGAAUUAAUAAGAUUUUUUUUAAUGACUACUUAAGAAUUACUAGUCGCCUAAUAUAAUUGGGAAAUUGUUCUUUACUAUUAGUAUUAUUGUUAUUUCCGUUAUCAUUAUUUUUUCCUUUGUGAAAUGACGUCAUAAGGACAUCAUUGAACGUCAUUCCUCUACAUAAUAACGACACAGUGUGGCUCCGAGUAGCUCAUAGGGUGAUUUCAAGUACGGUGUUGAAAUCUGAAUCCUGUUUUAUAAAGAGUUACAACUGUUGUAACAUUGCAUACAAUUAUGGCAACUACCAUCACAACAGGGCUCAGUAGUUACCAUUAUUCUGAUUGUUGUUGUACUUUAAAUUUGACUAAGUAUUGUUUGAUUUUGUUGUGCUUGGUGAACGGAAAAUGAAUAAAUCUAAAUCUAAAUGAUUGAUAAUGGUAAAGUUACAAUAAUUGUAAUUCUAUGUGAAAUGGGCCCCUGGGGUCGCUUCAUCAAGCUGUUCGAAAGUUAAGUGUGACUUUAAUUGAUCCUUUCUUGAGGAAGAUGAUAUUAACAAUGAAAUGUUCACUGGGGAUAAUUUAGCGAGUAAGAAAGGUCCACAUGGCAUAAUUUUGUUUGCCAUAGUUUUUGUACAUUUUCCAUAGUUGUUUAGGGCAAAAGUUUUAUGCAACGGUCUGGCGUUAGUUGUGACAACACAAACACCAGCCACGACACAAACCGUACUUGAAAUGAUGAUGGCGUGGGAUAGUGCUCCUACUUGAAGGGAUGGUCCGGACUGAAAGUAUUCAUAGCUUAAUAAAUAGAGUAGAAUUCACUGAGCAAAAUGCCGGAAAUUUAAUCAA